AUGCGGGCGAAGCGAUCGAAGACAUACCGCAAGCUUAUGCAGCAGUAUGGUCUGGCAUUCGGGUUCCGUGAGCCAUACCAAGUCCUGGUGGACGCUGGCGUGAUAAAAGAUGCUGCUCGCUUCAAGAUGAAGCUUGGCCAGAUGCUCGCUGGAGUCGUACAUGGAGAGAUCAAGCCCAUGAUCACGCAAUGCUGCAUAAGACAUCUUUACGACAUACCCACCACGAACGACAUCGAGCGACGGCAGAAGGACGAGUACAUCGAGGUCGCGAAGCAGGCAGAGCGGAGAAGAUGUGGACAUCAUGAAUUAGAGGAGCCUUUGAGUGCGUUGGAAUGUCUUGAGAGCGUGGUCGACCCGAAAGGAAGCAACACGAACAAGAACCGAUAUGUCGUUGCCACGCAGGAGCUUGAGGUCAGGCAGAGAUUGCGGAAGGUGGCAGGAGUGCCGCUCAUAUACAUCAACAAGAGUGUCAUGAUACUGGAGCCUAUGGCGAUCAAGAGUGAGAACGUGCGAGACGCAGAGGAGAGGGCAAAGAUCAGGGCUGGGCUGAAGGGCAGGCGUGGUGCUAUCACAGGCGAGAAGCGAAGGCGGGAAGAAGCGGAUGACGAUGAGGAUGUAGACAUGCCUGACCGUGUCAAGGCUAUCGUGGCGAAGGAUGCAGAAGUCGCUGCGCAGGAUCCGUUGGCUGAGCUGCCUAUGCAGAAGAAGCGGAAGGUGAAAGGACCGAAAGGACCGAAUCCGCUGAGUGCGAAGAAAGCAAAGCCGGUGAAGCAGAAGUCGGCGGGUAGAGAGGUGGAGGAUGAGAGGGCGGCGGUGCGAAAGGCUUUGAAGAAGGAUCCUCAGGCUGCUGAGAAGGCGGUAAUCAGUGGUGUAGCUGGGGACGACGGAGCACCAUCAGAAGGUCCCAAGAAGCGGAAGAGGAAGAGGAAGCCUAAGGAAGGCGACGGAGGGGCUUCGACUGGGCCUGGUGUGGUUACGGGAGGUGAUGCUGACAGCCCUGAUUGA